CGUCCCACAGAUGGCGCCAGCGGUGUGUUUACCCUGGGAGGAGCAGCAUCGUCUGCUAGGAGUGUCAGAGGCGGCCUUCCUGCUGCCCCGGCGCUAUGGUGGUCCUGCUUCAGUAGCCCCCAGCGUGUGACAAGAUUAGCGUGCAGCUGAGGCUAGGAGGGCCCGGCCCCAGGGGCGCUGCCUUUUCUCGAGAUAGCACCAUGAGCGACCAUGAUGUGGACGAUAUUGCCUUCCUCACAGGGUCGCCCAACGAGAGCGGCUUCAUGGUUAACAAGCGUGCUAUGUAUGAGCCUGGGGCGGUGAUGGUGUGCUCGCAGAAACGCGCAUGUUGUGUCGUUACAUUAGGCUUCAUUGCCAUCAUUGCUGUUGCUCUUAUUGUUGCUUUUACCAAACCAGGAUGCCCAGAAGCAACAUACACUGGGGAACCCAUGCCAGGAUUAAGCAGCCAUCCAACAGUCUCGCCACCGAGCACGCCCCCAACAGCAACCAAUGGAGAAGAGUUUCCUUGGACAGAUGUUCGGCUGCCUUUUCACGUGCGACCUCUGCAUUACGACAUUCGUAUCCAUCCUAAUUUAACAACUAGACAUGUUCAAGGAGAAAUGACAAUCAAGCUUACCACUAUUGAGGAAACUACAGCCAUUAUCAUCCAUGGAAAUGAACUAAAUGUUUCCCAGUAUUCACUAGAAAACAAGUAUGGGAAACCUAUUGAAAUUCUGAAAUUCCUUGUAUAUCCUCCACACCAACAGUUGUAUUUGGGGUUGUCGGAAAUCCUGCGCCGUGGAAGUAAUUACACGCUCAAGAUGAGCUUCGAAACAACACUGAAAGAGGCACUUGAAGGAUUCUAUCUAUCAUCAUAUGUGGACAGCGAUGGAGAGAAAAGGUAUAUUGCCACCACUCAUUUUGAGCCUACGUCUGCGCGCUCUGCAUUUCCGUGCUUUGAUGAGCCUCACCUGAAGGCCAAAUUCCACCUGAGUAUUUACCGAGAUCCUCAGUACUUCACACUCUUCAACAUGCCUAAACAGACAACCAAACCUGUUGAAGAUUCACACUUGCUGCUUGAUGAGUUUCAAGAAAGUGUGGAAAUGAGCACUUAUUUGGUUGCAUUUGUUGUGUGUGAUUAUGCGAGGGUAUCUGUUUUGACGAAGCACAAUGUCAAUGUGUCGGUGUACGCCCCACCAAACAUGAUCAGCCAAGCCAAAUAUGCACUGCGAAUAGCAUCUCACAUCCUCGACUUUUAUGACAUGUUCUUUGGUGUGUCAUACCCAUUGCCAAAACAAGAUUUGAUUGCCAUCCCAGACUUCGGAGCAGGAGCGAUGGAAAACUGGGGCUUAAUCACGUACAGAGAAACGGCUCUCAUGUUUGACAAAAAUCACACGUCAUCACGGGCACAGCAAGGGGUGGCAGUGGUGAUAGCUCACGAACUUGCUCAUCAGUGGUUCGGCAAUCUUGUCACAAUGUCAUGGUGGAGUGACUUGUGGCUGAAUGAAGGAUUUGCCAGCUUCAUGGAGAAUAUUGGUACUGGGGUGGCAGAGCCGGGGUGGGCCAUGCAGGAGCAGUUCCUCGUGGAGAAGAUGCAUCCUGCUCUUGAGUUAGAUGCCCUUCUGGCCUCUCACCCCAUAUCUACACCAGUGACAGACCCUGCUCAAAUUGAAUCAAUAUUUGAUACAAUUUCAUAUAAAAAGGGGGCAUCCAUUAUCAGCAUGCUGGAGUCUUUCAUUGGUCGCAACAUGCUACAAGAGGGCCUCAGGCUGUACUUAGAUUUACACAGAUAUGGUAAUGCAGCCACAGAUGAUUUAUGGAAAGCUCUGUCGGAAAUCUCCAAGAAAAGUGGCAACGAGUUAGAUAUCAAGGGCAUAAUGGACACUUGGACACUGCAGGCUGGCUUUCCUCUCAUUUCUGUUAGCCUGCAAGAUGGUCAUGUGACAGCCAGCCAGUCAAGGUUUUUGGUGUGUGAAGAGAAUGUCACUGAUCCAAAUGAACCCUUUAACACCACAUUGGGGUACAGGUGGCAUGUGCCACUGACCUAUGUUACUAGUGACAGUCCUCAUAACCAGACAAUGUACUGGAUGAACCUGACUGAUGUUGAAUUUGACGUGGCUAAAGAUGUAAAGUGGAUCAAGUUCAAUGUUGGGCAGAGAGGUUUCUACCGCGUGGGCUAUGACACAGCCGGGUGGGAAGCCAUCAUCCACGCCCUGCUGACAGAUCACAAUACAUUUUCGCCUGCAGACCGAGCCUCUCUAAUUGAUGAUGUAUUUACGCUGGUCAAGGCUGGGACCAUCAGUGCCGCAGUGGCACUAGACCUGAGUGUGUACCUGAAGGAGGAGACCAAGUACAUUCCCUGGCACACAGCUCUGAGCCACUUGUUCCAGUGGGUACAACUCAUCUUCAAUUACCCAGCCCAUACACUAAUGCUGGACUAUAUACACACACUUGUUCAGCCACAUUAUGAAAGGAUUGGCUGGAAUGAUACUGGAACUCAUAUAGAGAGGUUGCUGCGUUCAGAAGUGCUGUGGGCAGCAGUGCAAUGUGGGAAUACACAUGCCAUACAAGAAGCUCAGAAAUGGUUCUCAGCAUGGCGCUCAAACUCUUACACAAUACCCCCUAAUCUUCGAUCUGUUGUCUACAGCACUGGAGUGAGAUAUGGUACCGAGGAAGACUGGAGACACUGUUGGCACGUGUACAAUACAUCAUCCGUACCAAGCGAGAAGGGACUCAUGCUGCAGGCUAUGGCUCAAACACGCGACCCAUGGCUGAUGCAACAAUACUUGGAGUAUACACUAGAUGAUGUCAAGAUCAGACCCCAAGAUGUCAUGACAGUGCUUAAGGAAGUCAGCAAAAAUCCCGGAGGAAUAUUACCAGCAUGGCGAAUGGUUCGUCAACAUUGGCAAAAAAUCUCUCGGCUCUUUGGUCAUGGAUCCUUUACCAUGGGAGCAAUUAUCAAAGCUGUUACAUCUCCUUUCACCUCUUCAUUUGAUUUAGGAGAGGUGGAGUCCUUCUUCAAGGAUGUUGAUGUUGGUCCAGGGGAGAGGGCGCUGGCACAAGCACUGGAGACCAUACGCUUGCACAUUCAGUGGCACCAACACAACCUUGAGGAUCUGACACAGUGGCUACACCAGCAUCUCUCACGUCCUGGCAUGCAAACGCCUGCUCAGGAAUAGAAGUCUCUCUCCCUCUUUGAUUAACCAAGUAGGAGUAUUUAAGACGUAGGCUGUUUGGAAAUCUCGGUGCAUAUGGUACAUAGUUAAUGUAAUCCCUAUUUUGGAAAACCAAUUAAGCUCAUGGGUUUGGUUUAUGUAUGUAAUAAUGCAUUUGUUAUUGAGAAGAUAAUUCAGUUAAACAGUUAAAAGUACUAUUAAUCCUUGGACAGCAGCUAUGGAAAAAUGGUCAUGUCCUCCCAGCGAAAAAAAAAUUAUUAUACAAUUAUUAAUUUAUAUGCAAAAUGCAAGUAAAACAUAAAAUUAAGUGAAUAUUUAUCUUUUUACUGGGUGGAGGGACUCUGAAAUGUUUGCACGGUGGCUAUGUGGUCUAGCAUCUGUCAAAACACAAUGCCGAUUUUGCUGACGCUAAGGUAUGCGAGACACGACUCUUGUGUUCUACUUGGAUGUUUCAUUAAUUAUAACUUGUUCUUCUAUAUUUAUGAGAGUAUGUGUGUUGAAUAACUUGAUCAAUCACAUAAUUCACAUGAUGCAUGAUAAUGUUACAAUUAACGAUUGCUUUACCUGGUAUAGCUAUAGGCGAUGAUGUAGGGCCCAAUGGGCACCAUAUGGUCAACAGUAUAAAUUGAAACAGAGGCAUAAGCCAUCAAUGCACCAACACACAGAUGACGACAGGUUCCUUGUACACAUAUGAUAAUGGUUCAAUUGAUGAUUUGUUUACCUGGUAUACCUCAUUUCAAACAUAUUAAGUUGUGAAAACCAUGUGAACAUCAUUGGUAUACAUUUCAUGUAUUUAUGGAUAAAUUGUAUACAAUGACCACAUUCCCCUAGUAACAUUCAUGAUAAGCGCAUUCAUAUAGUAACGUAACCAUGAAACGACAGCAGGAUUUUUUCAUGGGUCAAGGUAAACUCCAUUACAUCCAUAUACUGUAGAGCUGUUAUUGAUGUUUUUCUCCAUAUUUUCAUCACACAUGUAAAACCCAGGCAAUAAUUCUUAAAUCAUCAUAUAAGGAUUACUGCAUUACCCCUGCAAAUCAACACAUGACGAUAACCGCUGUCUGAGAGUUAAUAGGUUAUCGUUGAAUGUAUACAAAUGUGAUACUGAAUAGAACAGUUUGACAACAGACUUGAAACUGCACUUAAUAAGCUAACAUUUAAAUAACAGCUGAAGGAGUAAAGUGAAAUCUAUAUUUUUGAAUAAAGUACUGUAGUUGUUGAGUCUUUUAAAAUCGUCAGAUAUAUAUUUUGUGUUCGUGUAGUUUGGAAAUGGUAACGGUUGAGUGGGGUUAUUAAGUUUUAGAGAUGGACGGAGUCUUGCUUCCUGCCAUGAGAGUGAAAGGCUUAAUUACAUUUAUUAAAUCUUAGAGAAACUUAAGAAUAUUGCUUUUCCCACUGUCAUUUUAAUGAUUGAGUACAUUCACUAAGCUUAAGAGGAGGGGUAGAAUACUGCUGUCUGGAAACUACAGACAGUGUGUGUGUGUGUGUAUAUAUUAUAUAUAUAUUAUAUAAUAAAAUAUGCAUGCACAAUGAAAUCACAUUAAUGUGAUGUAUCAAUAAGAACAUCAGUUGGAGCCAUGUUGAUGAUUGGAACUCACUCACUUGGUACUCCCAAGUUAUAACACCCUAUACCACUACAUCACGACACGGUCGAAAGCAAUGCAACCUGGGAUUCGGCUGAAUCCACUAGGGGUUCCUGAAGCUUCCAACUGGAGCCCAAACCAGUGGUUUCAUACUGGUUUGGGCUCCAGGGAGUUUCACAUACAUCUUCAUAAGGAGAAAAUUAGUAGGAGCCGUUUGGAGGAUUCGAGCCUAUGCCCUGGGAACUCCCAGGCAACUCGUAGGUUCUUCAGGUUGCAAUGCUUUUGACCGCUACACCACGUCACGCUCAAAAGCAUUGCAACCUGGGAUUCGUCUGAAUCCUCUAAGGUUCCCGAGGCUUCCACUGAAGCCUAAUCAGGGUCCUCAUUAUUCUUCAUCACUUCACAUUUAUAAAUAGAGUUCUGUAUUUCCCACCCAACUUUUAAAAUUCAAAGAAGGCAUUCAUGAAAAUAUCAAAAGCCAUGAAUUUUCUAUAACAAAUGAUCCAUCAGUGCUCUAGAAGUUAUUCUGUGUCACAGUAGUCUACAUCAUCGGCUCACAACCAAGAGAUGGUUGGGCACAUUUCCUUUCACCUGAUGCCACUAUUCAUCUUGCAGUAAAUAAGUACAGUACCCAGGAGCUUGACAACUGUUGUGGAUUGUACCCUUGGAAAGAUCAGUAGGUGUCCUAGGUUUGAUAUCGAUAAGGCCAAGUACAGGCUUCUUGUCCCUGACAAGGGUGGUUGAUCAGUCCAGAAACGAGGAGGCCUGGUCGACGACCAGACCGCGGGAACGCUAAACCCCGGAAACACCUCAAGGUAAAGGUAAACCAUAUUUUUACGACUAUUUAGUGAACGUGUAGAUUGGUGGAAGUGCAUUUAUAGCCACAAACUGUACAUACAUUCCUAAUAAAUUAUUCUCUUGUGUCAGGAAAAUACAAAUUUAAAUACAAAACUAAAAAAAAAAAAAAAUUGGCCUAGGAAUAAUCAUCAAAAUUAUUUUAUAUUACUUUAAUCUAAAACAUGUGUGUCACUGUAGUUGCA